AACAUUUCUUUUGCACUUUUUCAUGGCAGAGAAGAAGUUUCAGAUUUUGGGGGGUGAGGGGCUGGCCUUUUUUUGUUCCGCUGGAGAAUCCUGCUUGAACGGUGAGCAGGAACACAACAGACCGACAAGAAAUCACAGCGCCGCGGACAAUCGGCCAAACCCCAGCGCCGGGGAGGAAGACUUGCUAAAAUCGGACGGUAUCGCCCUCCAGCUCUGCUGUGACUAGCUCCAGGGUCAACGAGCACACAGGCAACUGCCAGCUAUCUCCGUUAGCCUCAACUCCUCUGCGGGUCUGGGGGGGCUCUGGAAGGGGCAAGGGGCGGGGGUACACCGAGAAGGGAGAAGACUACACGCCGUGAGGAGGGGGCUGGAAGUCUGAGACGCUUCCACCCUGAAGGGGCCGGCGGUUUGGCCACAGCACCCCGGACUAUCUAGCUUGUACCCGCGCGGCUAAGUGAAUGGGAUGGAGCCGGGACCGUCUGGCGCUGUGCCCAUGGGGGUCUUCCCCCCACCCCUGCAGCAGGUGUUCCAUGCCCCCCGCCGGCCAGGCAUGGGCACCGUGGGCAAGCCCAUCAAGCUGCUGGCCAACUACUUUGAGGUGGAGAUCCCAAAGAUGGACGUCUAUCACUACGAGGUGGACAUCAAGCCCGACAAGUGCCCGCGACGAGUCAACAGGGAGGUGGUGGAGUACAUGGUGCAGCACUUCAAGCCCCAGCUCUUCGGUGACAGGAAGCCGGUGUACGAUGGCAAGAAGAACAUCUAUACCGUGCUAGCACUUCCUAUUGGGAGCGAGAAGGUGGAUUUUGAGGUCACUAUCCCUGGUGAGGGUAAGGAUCGAAUCUUCAAGGUGUCCAUCCGUUGGCUGGCCAAAGUGUCAUGGCGCCUGCUGCAGGAGACCCUGGUCAGUGGCCGGCUGCAGGUCCCCCUCGACUCAGUUCAAGCCCUGGAUGUGGCCAUGCGCCACUUGGCCUCUAUGAGGUACACUCCCGUGGGUCGUUCAUUUUUCUCCCCACCUGAAGGAUACUACCACCCACUGGGUGGAGGAAGGGAGGUCUGGUUUGGCUUCCACCAGUCUGUGCGUCCCGCCAUGUGGAAGAUGAUGCUUAACAUCGAUGUGUCUGCCACGGCCUUUUACAAAGCCCAGCCUGUAAUUGAAUUCAUGUGUGAGGUCUUGGAUAUUCGCAACAUCGAUGAGCAGCCUAAGACUCUCACUGACUCGCAAAGGGUCCGCUUUACAAAGGAGAUAAAAGCAAACCACUUAUUGUUGGCAGGCCUGAAGGUGGAGGUGACCCACUGUGGCCAAAUGAAGAGGAAGUAUCGUGUAUGCAAUGUCACCAGACGGCCUGCCAGCCACCAAACGUUUCCACUCCAGCUUGAAAGCGGGCAGACAGUAGAAUGUACAGUGGCUCAGUACUUCAAGCAGAAGUACAACUUGCAGCUCAAAUACCCCCACCUGCCUUGUCUACAGGUGGGACAGGAACAGAAGCACACUUAUCUUCCCCUGGAGGUGUGUAACAUUGUAGCCGGUCAGAGAUGCAUCAAAAAACUGACAGAUAACCAGACCUCCACUAUGAUCAAAGCCACAGCUCGCUCUGCACCCGACAGACAGGAGGAGAUCAGCAGGCUGAUGAAGAAUGCUAACUUCAACCUAGACCCGUACAUCCAGGAGUUUGGGAUCAAGGUGAAAGAUGACAUGGCCGAGGUGACGGGUAGAGUGCUGCCGGCUCCUAUUCUUCAGUAUGGAGGACGGAACCGCGCCAUUGCCACCCCCAACCAGGGAGUGUGGGAUAUGAGGGGGAAGCAGUUUUAUAAUGGAAUUGAGAUCAAAGUGUGGGCUAUUGCCUGCUUUGCCCCCCAGAAACAGUGCAGAGAAGAGGUGCUCAAGAACUUCACGGACCAGCUGCGUAAAAUCUCUAAGGAUGCUGGAAUGCCAAUUCAGGGCCAACCGUGCUUCUGUAAAUACGCCCAGGGAGCAGACAGCGUGGAGCCCAUGUUCAGACACCUGAAGAACACCUACUCUGGACUUCAGCUCAUCAUCGUCAUCCUUCCAGGAAAAACGCCAGUCUACGCGGAGGUGAAGCGCGUGGGGGACACCCUCUUGGGCAUGGCGACCCAGUGUGUUCAGGUGAAGAACGUGGUGAAGACGUCACCUCAGACCCUCUCCAACCUCUGCCUCAAGAUCAAUGUGAAGCUGGGAGGCAUCAACAACAUCCUGGUGCCUCACCAACGGUCAGCGGUGUUUCAGCAGCCGGUUAUCUUCCUGGGAGCAGACGUCACACACCCCCCUGCCGGAGAUGGCAAGAAGCCCUCCAUUACUGCUGUGGUAGGCAGUAUGGAUGCCCAUCCCAGCAGAUACUGUGCCACAGUGCGCGUCCAGAGACCCAGGCAGGAAAUCAUUGAAGAUUUGUCCUACAUGGUGCGUGAGCUGCUAAUUCAGUUCUACAAGUCGACCCGCUUCAAGCCCACCAGGAUUAUUUUCUACAGGGAUGGUGUUCCUGAGGGGCAGUUGCCGCAGAUUCUCCACUACGAACUCCUGGCCAUCAGAGAUGCAUGCAUAAAGCUGGAGAAAGACUAUCAGCCUGGUAUCACUUACAUUGUGGUACAGAAACGUCACCACACACGCCUAUUCUGUGCUGACAAGUCUGAAAGGAUUGGGAAGAGUGGGAAUAUUCCUGCAGGGACUACAGUUGACACCAGCAUCACUCAUCCCUUUGAGUUUGACUUCUACCUGUGCAGCCAUGCAGGCAUACAGGGUACCAGUCGGCCGUCUCAUUACUACGUCUUAUGGGACGACAAUCGCUUCACGGCUGAUGAGUUGCAGAUUCUAACUUACCAGUUGUGCCACACUUACGUGCGUUGUACGCGCUCAGUCUCCAUCCCUGCGCCAGCUUACUAUGCUCGUCUUGUGGCCUUCCGUGCCCGCUACCAUCUGGUAGACAAAGAACACGACAGUGGAGAGGGCAGCCAUGUGUCCGGUCAGAGUAACGGUCGGGACCCCCAGGCGCUGGCCAAAGCUGUUCAGAUUCACCACGACACCCUGAGGACCAUGUACUUCGCCUGAGCUCCACCUACCAUCACCGCCAUUGAUCCCUCCCACCUCAUUUCUACCUGAGUGGGCAGACGGCCCACAGCCACCUCAUCCCCAUCCCUUACUCCCAACGACUGCCCACUACGCAUACACCACAGACCUGUCAGUCAUUCACCUAAACCCAAGAAACAUAAGGCCCCUCUCCCUCAACAUACACAGACACUCUACAGCCUCAUGCACUCAAAAGGUUAUGAAUAUUAUUGUUAUUGUCAUUUUGUUGUUUUUACUUUCACAGAACUAUUGCUCUUUUUAUGUUGGAUUUUUAAAACGUGGGUAUUAUUAUGUAAUUGUAUUGUACGCUACCUUCACACUCCUAUGUAUGUAAGUAUGCAAUACGGAUGGGAGGGAAAAUAGGCGAUAAAAAGAAGACAAAAUCUUAAAGGAAAAAAAAAAAAACUUUUUUAACUGCCACCACGAUGCUGCCUCUUUACCCAUCCGAAUGCCGGAUGCCAGUGUUCCAAGCCCCUUAGUAUGGGGAUCCUCCAAGGGGUGGUACUGGGCACGCACACUUACAUGUAUCAUUUUAACGUUGUCAUGAACUACAUUCAUGUUUUUAAUGUUUUUGAAUGAUGUUAAUUUUUUAAACAGCCUUGAGGAGUCUGAGGUAUGGUACAUUAGCACUUAGCGUUAGCAUGUAGGUGCCACCAGUCCUGCACAUAAGGAGUUUGUUAGUACAUGGGAGGCUAGCCCUCUGGUCUUUAUAUUAGCAGAGACAGAAAGAGCAGGUGUAGCAUAUCGUAGAUACUGGAGAGAAGUCCUGCCACACUCUCUGUGCUGGUUGGCCAGUCCCUUAGAGAUUUCGCCUAUAGAGGCAAGCUUAGCAUAACAGUAGAGGGACCAUUUGCAUAGAGUGUAUCAAAUAUACUUGCACCCCAUGCACCUAAACCAGCAUUAUUAACCAGCCAAAAGUGAUGCCAACCAAUGGAAAAGGGGCACUUAAACAGGAAGAUAAUCUUUUGUUUCUGUACACAUUGCUCUUUUAGGAUUUACGAGGCACUUUUUUUUUUACUUAUUGAUUUAUUUUACUUAAGAAUAGUGAAACUGGUCUUUUCUGAGGCUUGACACGGACUACUUAGAAGUUUUCACACCCACACAUGCACAGCUUUCAGAACAAAGGCAACAGGCAAAGUCAACACUAUUCUGUAGAUUUGAAAGCGGGCAAAUAGACAAGCCUGUGAUCACUUAAGUGCUGCAAAGCUGAACUCUCAUUCAGCAGUCAACCUUAUCCCGAUUCAUUCUGCACAUUCCAACAUGUACCAGCGGAGAUGACGCCACAUAGUGCGCUCUACUGUUCCACCCACGCACUUCUUUCAGUACCUGUCCUGAACCUGUCCAGUGUUUUUUUAUUAUUAUUAUUAUUGUUAUUAUUAUUUUAUUUUAUUUUAACACAAAGCUCUUCCCUCCACAGGCAUUUACAACUUCUAGCCUGGAUAGUAGAAGCACACACAUGCAUCUCUGCCCACUCAGUCUCAGUUUCUUAGCAUGUGCCGAUAAAUCAGUUCAAAUGCACUUCUCCCCUUAUUUCCCUUGAAACCAAACUGUCACCCAUCAGCCUUUCCAUUAUCACCUUCUAUCCUUGCCAACUGUUCUCACUUUAAGCGUCACACCUGCAGCAUCCCCUGCCCCAAUCCCCUACUUUGUGUUAGCCAGUCCCUAUUGGUGCUCUGUGUGCAUGGGCAGCACAGAUAGGGGAUUGCUACAUUGGACAGGGUGGGCCUCUACUAGUACUACUACUUAAUAUGCCCUGCCUUUACAUCUAGUCACUUUCCGGAUUUAUGAAAAAGAAAUGCAUGUGAUUAUUCUUUAUGACUGGAUAUUCUGAGCCACCUUACUUAGGUUUUCCUUAGAGGUAGGAGCCUCGCGCUCACCACUGCCUGUCAGUCGUUUUGCCUCGAUUGUGUAAUGGUUAUAAAGACUUCUUUUGUUUUUCUUUGUCAUUGUUAUUAAUAUUGUGACUAGUGUCAGAGUGUAUCCUCAAGAGGGCACUGGAGAGACGGUCUCAAAAUUACACCUCAGUUGCCCUUUAAGCGCCUCAAACUUUGUCUGAUGGUCAGAGCCCCUUUGAGCUGAAAGGGAUUAAAAGAUAAAGGAUCAGAUGAGUUUGAUUUUUAAAUCAUGUUUAUGAACUUGCAUAAUCAAAAUGCCUUUGUACACCGUUUUACUGAUCCUUCAUUGUGUCCAAGGUGAUUUGUAUAUAUAUGAAUAUAUAAUAUUAACCUGUUAUGUAUUUUGGCCCACCAGUUCAGUUGACGGGCCUUUCACAGUUGGGGCCAGUGUUCUACCCCUCAUUCUGUGCUUUAAAAAAGAAAAAAAAAAAGUCUGGGGGCAUUUCCCAGCACCGCUGAAACCAGAUGCAGUUCUUCACUCACUGAAGCCACAAAGCACCUUGCAAAUGAGGGGGAGACGAAAUGGCAGUCACCCUGAAAAUGUAUCAUGUGGACACCGGAGAGUCCAGUCCUCUCCACACAGCCUCACGGUCUGACUAAGCAAUAUCGACGCCACUGAUCAAGAACAGUCCUCGUCAUAGCACUUCCCAAUAGAUUUGAAUGAAAGGACAUGGAAGCAUAUUAUUUUGGCUCUGUAUGUGAUAGUAUGGGAACUCUGUUGGGGAGGGUUAUUUUUUAAAGAAAAUAAAAAAUGGUUUUUUAUGA